AUGUUUUUGAUAAAUGUUGCUAGGACUUUAAUUAGGAGUCCUUUUAAUAGUUCCCUAUUGAAAAAUAGUACUAAUAAUGCCUUGGCGGAUGGUGUAAAGAUAUCUCUUCCCGUGGGGUCAAUGAUAAAAUCUUUCCACGCUAGUGCUUUCACACCUUCUGAUAAAUUAUUUCUUGCAAGUAUUUUAAAAAAAUAUUUUCGCCAGCACCGAAACACACCAGAAAAUAAUCCCUCAAUUCCAUUCGAAUUCACGGAAGAAAAUUUGCAGCGAGCAAAAGAAAUUAUAUCACGCUAUCCACCACAAUAUAAGAAAGCGGCUGUUAUACCUUUAUUAGAUUUAGGUCAACGUCAAUUGGGUUGGACAAGUAUUUCGGUGAUGAACACUGUAUCUAAAUUAUUAGAAAUACCUCCUAUGCGUGUUUACGAAGUUGCCACAUUUUACACCAUGUUUAAUCGAGAACCGGUUGGAAAAUAUUUUCUACAACUUUGUACGACGACACCAUGUCAAUUAUGUGGUUCAACGGAAAUUUUAGAGACAAUUCAAAAUCAUUUGAAGAUUAAACCAGGUGAAACAACUCCUGAUAAAUUAAUUACUUUGGUAGAAGUUGAAUGUGCCGGUGCUUGUGUUAAUGCUCCCGUAUUGGCCAUUAAUGAUGAUUACUAUGAGGAUCUAACACCCGACACGACUAUAAAAAUAUUAGAAUCGUUAAAACGAGGUAAUUUACCAAAACCUGGACCACAAACCGGUCGCCUUACUUGUGAACCUAAAAGUGGUCUUACUUCUUUGACGAGUGAACCGUAUGGUCCUGGUGAUUUUGUUAGACCUGAUUUAUAA